AUGGCGAGUGACUUUAGCCGGCAUCAAUCGUUCUACUACUAUGGCCACGAAGCGAUGCCUCAGUGCGGUGUAAACGUAAAAAUGGAGCAUCUGGAAGUGCCUUCGACACUCGCCGACGGUUACGCCGGUUCGGCGAUGUACGGGUUCGGUCAGGUGACCACGGCCUCCAGUGCACCCAUGGUGCAGCAAACUUCCGCCGUGGCCCCGAACGUGGUGGUUCUGCCCGGGUUCAUGGACAACUCAUACCCGGAAAGCUGGAUGACACCGAGCCCGUCGAGUUUCGGGUCCGAAAGCCCCGAGUACUACUCGCUGGCCAACUCGCCCCAGCGCAGCUUCAUCGACGUCGAGGAGUACAAGGAAAAUCUGCUCGGCAUGCAGCGGCAACAGCAUCAGCAGCAACAGCAGCAACAGCAACCAUCCACGACCCAGAUGUCACCGCCGACUCUUCCCCUGUCGCCACCACUCGGUGCCCAUGCCCAGCAGCAGUGCUUGGGUAACCGCUCGGCCGGGGCUUCUCAGGCGUCCGCCCCACCAACGGGGACUAGCCUGCCGGUCAAGAAGCGUCAGUACAACCGGAAACCGAAAGUCAAACAACCGGAACAGCUACCGGCCACCGCGGCAACCGAAGCUACCUCCGCCACGGAACUGUCCUGUCUGACGUUCACCAAAACGUUCACGAAACCUGCGACCCAGGACCCGGCACCUCAUCUAGAAUCCCACCCGACCGGAGCGCUCCUGAUGACGACCAGCGGCGGCUGUCCUGUAAUCGGGAAGCGGAAGCGCAAACUGGUGUCACCGCAGAUCAAGAAGAAGCGGCGGCUGGCGGCCAACGCACGCGAGCGGAAGCGGAUGCAGAGCCUAAACGAUGCCUUCGAUCGGCUGCGACAGUACCUGCCCUCGCUGGGAAACGAUCGGCAGCUCUCCAAGCACGAAACCCUGCAGAUGGCACAGACCUACAUCACCGCGCUGUACGAGCUGCUGCAGUAG